ACGACACAAAAGUAAACAACAGACACUUUACGGCAGCAAAUAUGGCUUCGCACUUCAGCGGUGUGCUGCAGUUGACAGAUCUGGAUGAUUUUAUCACCCCCUCUCAGGAAUGUGUCAAACCUGUCAAAGUAGAGAAGAAACAAGGCAAAUCUGUGGCCAAAAUUCAAAUAGAAGAUGAUGGCAGUUACGUCCAAAUCAACCAGGACGGUGGGAAGAAGAAACUGGAGAAAGCAAAGAUCACACUGAAUGACUGUUUGGCUUGCAGUGGCUGUAUCACCUCAGCUGAGAGUGUCCUCAUCACACAGCAGAGCCACGAGGAGCUCUUUAAAGUGCUGCGCAGCAACAAGGCCAAUGCGACUGAGCAUAAGGUUGUGGUGGUGUCGGUGUCACCGCAGUCCAGAGCCUCCCUCGCAGCCAAAUAUGACCUCAGCAGUAGUGAGACAGGCAGGAGACUUACUUCUUUCUUCAAAGGCAUGGGGGUUCAUCACGUGUUUGACACUAGCUUUAGUCGGACCUUCAGCCUUCUGGAGAGCCAGAGAGAGUUUGUGGAGAGGUUCCAGAGCAAGGAGCAGAACAACAAGGCCCUGCCCAUGCUGACAUCUGCCUGUCCAGGUUGGAUCUGCUAUGCAGAGAAGACCCACGGGGAGUUUAUUCUUCCGUACAUUAGUACCACUCGCUCCCCGCAGCAGAUGAUGGGUUCGCUGGUUAAAGGCUAUUUUGCUGAACAACAGGGCCUGAGUCCACAGCAGAUCUACCAUGUGGCAGUAAUGCCCUGUUUUGACAAGAAACUUGAAGCCUCAAGGUCAGACUUCUACCUGAACAAAGCUGAGACUAGAGAAGUGGACUGUGUCAUCACCUCUGGAGAGGUUCAGAAAAUGCUGGAGGAGGAAAAUGUUUCCCUUAAUGAUUUGGAGCCUGCAGCCCUAGAUACAAUGUUCAGCAGUGUUUGUGGGGAUGAGUUCCUGAGCCAUGCUGGGAGUGGUUCAGGGGGUUACCUCCAUCAUGCCUUCACCUAUGCUGCCAAGCAGUUGUUUGGAGAGGAAGUUAAAGAACUCACGUACAAGACCCUCAGGAAUAAAGACUUCCAGGAGGUGACUCUUGAGAAGGAUGGAGUAGUCCUGUUGUGCUUUGCUUCCACAUACGGCUUCCGCAACAUCCAGAACUUGGUGCAGAAACUGAAGAGGGGGAAGUCUCCUUACCACUUUGUGGAAGUGAUGGCUUGUCCAUCAGGUUGUCUAAAUGGCGGUGGACAGGUGAAGGCCUUACCUAGUCAGAACCCAAAGGAGCUUCUCCAGAGGGUUGAGGAGCUCUACAAGGCAGAGCGUCCCCUGUCGCCAGAAGACGACACUCGCGUGGCCGAGCUGUAUCAGUCCUGGCUCCGCAGUGUGGGGGAAGAGAGAGCCAAAGAGCUGCUGCACACACAGUACCACACCGUGGAGAAGAUGACCAAUGGGCUCGCUAUGAAGUGGUGACGAGUGACUGCAGAACCGUCCAGAUAUGACAGUUUUUGUCUCUGCUGAGAGAGAAAGGAAGGGUAAUGUGGGCAAAGUUGAAUAUGAGCAGGUUCGAUGUAUGCCAGCAACCUUUAAACCACUUUAAAACUGUGAGCCUUGCAUGACUGAAGACCAGGGCACAGAUAAUAGGUGCAAUGCCUAAGCAAAGCCAAAUUAUGUGUAUGUCAUUUUCCCAUACACCACUGAUUGUCCUUUGAAAUGUAUAAAUAGUAAAUAAAUCAUUAUUGUGGCCUGAUACACUUUGAAAAUGAGAGCUGAAUUAACACAAAGCAAAAUAUAAACAUUCCUUGUAUUUAACCUAAUGAUUAUAAAUAUACUGUAUAUACAUUUUGAAAA